UCGAGUUUUGCAUAAUUACUUACAAUGCGACCACUCAGUAUUCAAAACCACGAAUAUCUCGAGUUUUGUCAGGCAGUUAAAUUUAUAUGGGUUUAGAAAGGUAACUUCUCAUCUCCAAGAUCCACUGUGCAACUCGAGUAAUCCUUACAUGCAUGAAUAUGUACACGACUAUUUUCAACUUGGUAUGCCUGAGUUAUUAAACAAAAUUACACGAAAAGCAUUGACUAUGAAGAAAAGUUUCAAGCCUAAGAGCCCUAAUAGUUAUGCAGACCAAACCGUACUGACUCCACUACAAAAAGCUCGUCGCGCCUUACGCCUAGCUCUUAAAAAGGCUGCCCAGGACUUGUUCAUACAGCAUUCUCCAAACUUAUGUACAUUCAACUUUGGUUCUAGCGACGACGGCGCAGAAGGGUAUCCUGAUGGCGAGGAGAACAUUGAGUUCGACUGGCUCACCACAGAAACCGCUUUGGCUGAAGAACCCUCUGCACCAGCUAUUGAACCAGAACCAGAAGCUGUGAGAGCAAGUACCGUGGAUACGGGAAGUAAUGAUAAUUACGAAGAUGUAAGUGAAGAGAGUCUGAUAGUGUUCCAUGGUAAUCAUCAUGCUAAUGCACCUUCUCAACAUGACAAUGAUAACUUUCCAAACCAAUUCUUAUCCAUGCCGGAUCUUGACGACCAAGGACCAUGUGAAGACUCUGGUGUGGAGUUGCUUGCAGAAUUCAAUAUCAACAAUGACAGUGAUGAAGGCAUUGCCACUAAAAAAGAAGUGGGAAACGAGAAUGACUUGAACUCGUUAAACUGCGUGCUGCCUUCAAUUGGCAAUGAUCCGAUUGAUGAUGUGGUGAAAGAUAGUGAUGACCCAAACCACCAUUACCAUGGCGAGUGGGACCAAAUGUUCAAUGGACCUGAAUGUGGAUCUGAUAUGAAAGAGUUCUACUCACAGAUUUCAAGAACUAUAGAUUUACUUAACUCAUAAUUAAGACAAUUUAUUAUUUUCAAAUAUAUUUACUUAGAAACCAAUAAAAUAUAAUAAGAAAAUGCGUUUUUC